AUGAACAAUAAGAAAAAUGAUAGAAACUCUAAACAAAAGCAUGCUGCUGCUGGAAAGAAAAAACCAUCAUCUACUUCAUCUAGUAGUACAUUAGCCAUUAAUGAUGAUAGUGUUAACAACAAUACAUUUCAGACAGCAACAUCGACAUGCCAUAACCAUCACAAGGAAACAAAUAUGAGCAAUGCGGGUGUUAAUAGUGAUGAUCAUACCGAAGGACAUCGCAUAAAAGUUGAAAGUAGAAUAAUAGACUCUCCUACCAAUACUUUUACGAAUAGCGUUCCAUCAGCACAUCAACAAUAUGACCUGAAUAAUGAUACUAGAAGAGAAUAUUCUUCAUCAUCAUCGUCAUUGGUAUCAUCAAGUAUUCAAUCAAGAGGUUUGGAAGGAAUAUUCUCUCAAAAGAAUGUGGACACAAUGAUGAAUAAUAUUAUUCAGCAAAUAUUGUCAACAUUAUCUGUGCAACAAGAACGCAUGAAUAACAUUGAGCAAAAGCAGGACCACGGUUUUGCAUCCGGCAAUACAUCAUCCAUGUUGGUGCCGAAUGCAUCCACAGACCAACACCAAAAAAUACAAGCAUGUACCUCCCAUGUAAACCAUCAACAACCUGAAACUCCAUCAUCCAAUGCAAACCAGCAACAACUAGUUAUGGAUAGAGGUUCCACAUCUUCAUUCAAUAAUGGUAGUGGAGAUGUUGGCCUGCAAGGUUCUUCUUCAUUCCCAUCUUCAUCUCAUUCCUUAUCCAAUAAUACCACCAAUUCUUCUUCUUCCACCAGUACAUCUAGCUCGUCAUUUAAUGAUUCUAAAAAGUUCAUGCUCUCCCCUGGUACUAAUUCCUCCACCCUAGAAUUUAUCAAUGCUCAUAACAAUCCUAUGUUAGCAUCAUCUGCAAAUCAACAACUUCAUUCACACAAUGAUCAGCUAUCAGAUGCUGGUAUAAGUCAAUUAUUCGAGGAAUGCAACCAUUCAACAUUCAACAUUGAGCCGCAUUCAUCCUUGUCACUUACAAAAUCCACAUCUGAAUUCAACUUGGAAGAUUAUCGAGAUUUAUUCAGUGAUGUCAGAUCUGUAAGAGAGUUUGGAGAUGAUACCACCAGUCAACAAGAACCAAACACCACCAUGGUGGCCCCACAACUACAAUCAAACAACAGCAAUAGGCAGCAAUCAGGUACAGUACUAGAUAAUUUAAAUGAGCCAAUGCUCUGGGGCAUGCUUCGCCAAUUGCUCAAUAAUGAUACAAACCCUCAAAAUGCUCAUCAGUAUGCAUUCAACAAUGUAUCUGAUACCACUUUGACCGCUAAUUCAUCUAAUGCUCCUUCUCCAUACUAUCAAAUGGUCUCUACCACAUCGAAUAUACCACCUCCAUCAACCAAUAAUUUUCAACAGAAUACCAAUAAUUUUCAGUCUCAACCUUAUUCCAAUGUUAACAAUAAUAAUAUGGCUCAAUCUUCCCAUAAUAACAAUAAUGGAAAUAAUGGUAAUAAUAUGAGGCAAUUAAUUUCUAAUCUAUAUUCCAACUUGAAUACAGGUCGACAAUCACAACCUGUACUCAAAUUGUCAACAAUACCAAAUUACCAAUCAGAGGAAAUAGCAGACGAGGAAGAAGAUACAGAAGAUUUCCAAUUAUCUAACCAUCCAGCUGAUCCACCAACCCUUGAUUCAACCAAGCAAAUUUUGGGAAGUAUUAGAAAGACUCUGUCACAUAAGACCAAUAACACACCAAAUCAAUUUCAACACAAAUACGGACAACAGGGAGUUCAACAAAAACCCAGUGAUGGAUUUAUCAAAUGGCUCUCUGGGCAAUCGAAUCAACAGAAUAAGGAGCAAGAAACUGAACUGGUGGAAGAAGCCACUCAUCAUCAACCAAAUUCCAACAUGUCUCAAUUUAAAUUUUAUAAUGAAAUGAUCUCUGAAAGGAAUAACAUCCAUCCUGCCUCCUCUUCUAGCGAUAAUACUCCUUCUCAUAGUAAUAACAGCAAUAAUCCAAUGAAACCUCUCAAAAUUUUUCAACAUGAUCCACACAAACAAAAGAGGAAGAAGGAUUUACAAAAUGGAGAACACAUUAUCAAUUUCCAAUCCCCUCAAUCCUCUUCAGAUAGUAUAACAACCACAACCACCUCAACAGAAUCCACCCCUUGUCCUGAAAAGAAUGUAAAAAGAAAACGUAAAGACGACAAGAAGAAUGAAACCUCCACAACGAAGAGUACAAAGAAAAGAAAAGACUGAUUUUCACUAGUUUGGCAAUGAACUAUAUGAAAUUAAACACUGAUUAUUUGGAAAUGAAAUUUAUAUCUUAAUAGUUGGAAUAGUUAAAUGUGCCUUCAAUGGACUUAAUCUCUGCCAUAUAAUCUUUUCUUGCCUCAACAUCAGCAAUCAUCCAAUCCAUAAUGAAACGAAGGAAUAGUUUGCCAUCGCAUCGUAUAUAUACAAUGUUUGAAGAGCUGGAUUCUCUUCUGAGUGAAGGUGAGGAUGGGAACCUUUCAAAUUUUUUCUUUGUGAAAGAUGAGCUUGAGGAUGGAGAGUAAGGAUUCGAAUAAGAAGAACUUAAACUUCCAUAUAAAGAAGUGGAUGAUUUUCUGUGAGAUCUAGAAGCAACCAUCAACGGGGUUGGGGAGGACUCACUAUUUGACAAUUUUGAAAAUUCUCUCAACAUGAGCAAUAAUGAAUCAGGAGAAAGUGCCAAAAGCUCUGAAAUAUUUUCCUUCAAAAUAUUGGAAAAGUUUCUUGCCAUCUCCAAAAUUACACUUUUCAUAAUUGAAUGCAACAAGUUAGUAUCCACAACUCCUCUAUCUACACCACUGUACACAUCAUUGAUAAAACUUCCAUCGUAAACUUUGAUCAAUUGUCCAAAAAGUUUAAAACAAUUCUGAGGUGAAAUGUUCAUUUGAAUUUCAUGCUUCAAAUGUGAAGCUAAUGAACCUUGAAUCAUGUAUUUUUGUGAGAAAAUUAGGAGGGAGAGACCUUCUUCAUCGAGUGAGUAUUCUAAACUACCAGUGUAAAAGCUUUUUACAAUUUUGUAAAGUGCUGUUUCUUCGAAUAAAUCAUCAAGGAUCAGUUGACCACAUAAAUUCUCUGAAAAAUUGUUGGAGGAGAAGAGUGUUUGGAAGAAUUCAGAAUUUAUGGAUAGAAUGCCUUUGUAAACUGAAAGAGUUUGUUGUAAUUUUGUAAGAACAAUUUGAAAAUCUGAAAAUUGUGAAUUGUCGAAUAAUUUUGCAGUGAAAUUCGAAACAUCCUGAACGUAAACUUUCUUAUCUUCAUAGGAACGGUUAGUUGAGGAUUGAAGGAAGGCUGGAACAGUAGAAACUGAUGAACG